AAUUUUGAUUGAGUGGAGCCUACGUUUUUCUAAUUAUCGUUACUAAAUAUUUCUAAUUUCAGCUUAUACUUAGAAGAAAAAUUUAGAAGACGGAAAUAUAAAAAUCUGGUUAAGUGAUGGAUAGUGUUCUUGUUUUAAAAGAUUAUAAAACCGUACCUGAUAUUGUCCACGAAUAUAGUCCCACACUAAAGUAUGGAAAUAUACCUUUGGUUAUUGACAAUGGAUCUUACCAGUGUAGAGUCGGUUGGUCAAUAAGUGAUGAACCUCUGUUAAUAUUUAAGAAUGUAAUAGCAAGGCCUCGUAAAGAUAGAUGUAAAAAAGACGCAGAGCCCCCUGUAACACCACCAAUACAGAUUGGGAAUGACAUUUUAAAUAUUGAAGCUGUAAGAUUUCAACUAAAAACUCAAUUUGAUAAAAAUGUUGUUACACACUUCGAAGUUCAAGAGCAAGUUUGUGAUUAUAUUUUUUCACAUUUGGGCAUUGACAAUGAAGGCAGUGUACCACAUCCUGUAGUAAUGACUGAAGCAUUUGUAACACCAAACUAUUCAAGGCAGUUAAUGUCUGAACUUCUGUUUGAAGGAUAUGGAGUCCCAGCAGUCAGCUACGGCAUUGAUUCACUAUUUAGUUUUUAUAGAAAUGACAUUGGGGAUAGUGGUUUGAUUGUCAACUGUGGCUAUCAUACAAUACAUAUAAUUCCGGUCAUUAGGGGUAAUGUCAUUGCAGAGCAUGCUAGGAGAAUAAACUUAGGUGGAAGUGAAAUUAUAUGCUAUUUACACAAGCUUCUUCAAUUAAAGUAUCCGGUGCAUGUGAAUGCGAUAACAAUGACUCGCAUUGAAGAGAUACUGCAUGAGCACUGCUCCAUAGCUCUCGACUACCAAGAAGAGAUAAGAAAGUGGGUGAACCCUGAUUACUAUGAGGCUAAUGUUAUCAGAGUCCAGCUGCCAUUCGUGCAGAAUACGACAUCAUCAGGGUUAACUGCGGAACAACAGAAAGAACGGAAGAAAGAGAUGGCGCGACGGCUUCUGGAAAUAAAUGCCAGAAAACGUGAGGAGAGGCUGGUAGAAGAUGAAGAGCAAUUAAAUCAAUUAUUGACUUUACAAGACUUGAUAGAAGAUGGGAACACACAUGAAUUCAAUGAGGCGAUUAAAAGUUUCGAUAUUAAAAGCUACGCUGACUUGCAGAGACAAAUAUCGAACCUUCACAUUCGCAUAGAGAAGAAUAAACAACGAAUUGCGGCGGCUGGCAACCCCGAGGAGAGCGUUGAGAGCCGCCCUAACGUGAACAACUCGAGAAGCGCUCUACAGCCGCCCACAGAUCCCGCCGAGUUCCAGACCUGGCUGGAAGAAACCCGUGCUAAGUAUCGCGAGAUAUCGGGACGGAGGGAAGCGAGGCGUGCCCGUCGUGCGGCCAUGGUGAAGCGACGCACGGCCGCGGCCGCAGAGCGCAUGCGCGUCAUCUCCCGCCUGGCCGCCGCCGGCGACGAGUUCGGGAACCAGGACUCCGACUGGGACGUCUACAAGAGUAUAAGUCGUGAUGCGGAUUCGGACUCGGACGCUGACGGCGAGCGACUACUGGAACUGGAGGAAGCUCUUCGAGAGUUUGAGCCGCAGCCACACUCCAGUCUGCACCACCAGCUGCAUUUCGCCAUAGAACCAACGAGGGCGGCAGAGUUAAUGUUCCAACCCUCAAUGCUUGGCAACAUGGAAGCUGGUCUGGCUGAGACCAUGGAAUAUGUGUUCAAACACUUCUCGCCCGAAGACCAGCUUCUGUUGGCGAACAACGUGUUCGUGACAGGAGGCUGUUCGAGAUUUCCAGGGUUAAAAGAGAGACUGGAACGAGAGCUGUUGGAGAUGAGACCGUUCAAGUCGACGCACAAAGUUGUGAUGUCCAACAACCCGAGCUGUGACGCGUGGUACGGAGCCCGGGACUUCGCUGGCAGCAACGAGUUUGAGAACUGGUGCAUCUCUAAAGAGGACUACUACGAGUUUGGGGGGGAAUAUUUGAAGGAGCAUCAUGCCAGUAAUAAGUAUUACAAGAGUCCCGCACCGAUCGUUGAUACCACACUAGCGCCCGCGGGAGACGCUAAUGUGGUGAAAGAGGAGAUUGUGGUGGAUUGUUAACAUUAAAUAUAAUAUUUAUAACUCAA